AUGGACCACGGCAACAUGUUCUUUCGACGUGGUUAUGUGCCGCUGUCGGAAAUACCCACGAAUUCGACGCAGCAGACUGGAAUUGCGAUUAUUUUUCUCAUGACGUCUCUUGCUUUCGUCACAUGGUGCGCCCGCAUGUACUCAAGGUUUAGUAAGAAGCAAAUCGGUAUCGAUGACUGGUUCGUCACGGUCGCAAUGUUAUUUUCUAUCGGUCUACAUGUUCCAUAUUACUAUUUCUUCAGAUACGAAUACAUCGGCUUCCAUACGAAAGACCUACCCAAGUCUUAUGAUGUCGAGCCUGUGUUAUUUUACAACUGGAUAAUGCAGGUCCUUUACAACCCUAUCCUGGCUCUUGUAAAGUCAUCCAUUCUCUUCUUCCUUCUUCGACUGGGAGGCCAUAAUCGUGCCAUCAAAUGGGCCAUCUAUGGCCUAAACGCAUUUAACGUGGCGUUGAUGAUUGCAAUUUUCUUAACCGUGGUAUUCCAAACCAUUCCGAUCAAUGCUUACUGGGACCUAUCUGUAAAGCCAGAACGUCAGAUCAAUGGACCCGAGUUUUACAUCUCAUCGGCUAUCAUCACAAUUAUUACAGAUGUCCUUGUUCUGUUGAUUCCGUUUUGGAUUUUUCUGGGUCUCAAGAUGCGCAUCGCUGCUAAGCUUGGUUUGAUCGUGGUAUUUCUUAUGGGCGGAGUAGUAACAAUUGUCGCCAUUCUUCGUGUGAUCGAACUGCAUAAGAAGUUCUACGUCAAAGGAUACGAUUCUAGACACUCGCUUGGCGACACUCUGAGCAGCAUCGAAGUCAACCUCGCCAUCAUUGCUUGUUGCGGUCCUGCUCUGCGCCCACUGUUCCGCAGAAUGUUUCCUCGUCUAUUCUCCGGGAAAAGCACGACUGAUACUGGGAAAUUCAACACGCCAAGUCGCUACGGAAACGGUACAGCUGGCGUCUCGUCUUUUCAUCUCAAGGAUAUGCAUCGGAGCAGAACACAGACUGAGAUUCGUGGAUAUUCACCAAAUGGAAGCGAAGAGGAGAUCAUGACAUAUAACGGCAUUUUACGGACAACUGCUGUGGAUAUUAAAUAUGGUGAUGCACAUUCGACAGACACUGACCAAGUGGAUAAAGGCCUAAGAGGACCUACGCCACCGUGA